UUUCCUAGUUUUAGGGCAAAUCUGGUGUCAACUUCUUCUUUUUAAUUUUAAUUCAAUUUAAUUAAAUUUUUGUUUUUGUUUUGCCAUACUAAACUAGAAUAGCUCAAAAUCAUCCAGAGACCGGGUCUGUUUGUAUUUAAGCAAAUGUGCUGAUAAAAUAGCUGCAAUGUGGGGUGUGGACUAUCUUGCUAAUAUUUACUCUUUGGUUACGUUUCAACCACACUGUACUUAAAUUCGCUCCAGUCAUCGUCUACAGUCGCAUUUCUCUUCAGUACAGGUAUCAUGGCAGAUGUCAGCAAAACGGAGAAGGUGCAGCUGCACACGCCAAGUUUAGAGGAGCUGCGUGGUGGUAAGGACAUCAACUUUGAUAAACUAACAUUAUAGCCAAGGUGUGAUUUUACGACAGUACUAUGUUGCUAAAAAAGCGAGACAUUGUUGGUUGCAGUGCUUCAAGCUGGGCUGGAGGAGAACUUUGCUGAAGUUCAGGUGAGUGUUGUGGAGUGUCCAGAUCUCACCAAGGACCCCUUCAACUUUCCUGCCAAAGGUAAGAAUACCGUCAAAGUUAUUUUAUGAAUUUUCCACACUGUGUUUACAGCAGUUGACAAAUACUACACCAUUCAUCUGAAAUUCGUUUAACGGCUUGUGUAUUUGUUUGUUUGUUUAAGUCGUGUGUGUUCAGCACAAUUAUGCAAGAGUCUGCACUUUGUAAACCCCUCUAGGCCAAGUUAGUUGCUGCACUGCCUCCACCUAUCAGCCUCUCAAAGUUUGCUUUAGGCUUGAGUGUGGAUGUGUUUUGCAUCCUCAGUGGUUGUUGUGGGUGACUAUAAAGGCUGGUGGAGAUCAAAAAGUUUCAGCAUCAAAUCAAAGAUAUCCGCUCAGUGGCUAAUGAAUGACAUUGGUCGGGAAAAACAACAUUUCACAGCUUUAUGGUCAAUUUAAUAAAGACAAAUCAUGGUUUAUGCCCAUGGUCUUAGCCCAGCCAGAGAAUUUUCCAUUUCUUUGAUUCAGAGGUCAACUUUUGAACCCAAAUAGUUCACUAAAGAGUAACCAUACUCAAUAAAAAGGCAAAUAUUGAGAGGAUCUUCCUCUGUUGAGUAGAUUGGGGCAAAACUCGACUUUGAUGGUCACAUGUGAAUAAGAUUACUCACAUGAGGAACUGACAAAAGAAGUAUUAGUGGAAAAGCUGCAUCUUCUUUCUUGAACAGUGGGGUGAAAAUUGUUCUUGUGUCUGCAAUAUAGAGGACUAUAUCUUAAGAUAUAUAUUGUUUACAUGUCAUACUGUUCCCUCUCUUUCCUCACUCUGCAGGCUUGUGUGGAAAUCCUCGCAUCACUGAUGUCGGUGGUGUGCCGUACCUGAUACCCCUGGUUAAGAGAGAGAAGGUAGAUGUUUUGAAAAUAGAAGCAUAGCGUAGAGACACCAGGAAAUAACCUGCAGGGAGUGUGAUUGUUAUAUUUUUGUCUCUUCUGCCCGUCAGGAGUACAACAUGAACACCAUAUCAAAGCAGCUGGAGCUGCCCGGUGCAUUCAUGAUUGGUGCUGGAGCAGUUGCAUCCAAGGUCAUUGGGAUGAAUGCAGAGGUGAAUCUUUUCUACCUACACCAUACCAUGGAUCCUGACUUUGAUACAAUAAUUUUGGGCACUUAAGAAUUGCUCAUGACUGAUAUUCUGAUGCGUGAACCAUGUCAUGUCAUUCAGUUGGAUAAUUUCAUUUUCAGUUGAAUCUUUCUACCAGUCUGUCAUACUACAGAGUAAAUAUUUGUGAAAGAACAGUUUUUGGUGCUUGUAGGAUUUUGGAGUUUGGACUUGAAACUGAAACUGCAUAUCAGCGAGUGAAGACUGGAGACACCAGCUGCUAAAUUAUGAAAAAUGACAAAAUUAAAAGCUAAUUUCUGCUCAGUGUGAGUGAGAUGAUGAGUCAUUGAUCCUCUUAGAGAGCAGUUAAAUUGAAAGAUUGGAUUUCCCCACAGCACACUCAUAUUGAGGGAGAAAAGUGUAAAUAUUGUUUCUUUUUCUUGUCCACAGCUGAUGCCUGUGUGUCUAACUGAAGCUGAGGGACGACCUGCAGUGAACAGCAGCUACAUCUCCUCCAUAAACCCUGCUGAUGGUCAGUGUCUGCAGGAAAAAUACAGCGACAAAUUCUCUGACUGUAACUUUGGACUGCUGGCAAAUCUGUACGCCUGUGAGGGGAAGCCUGGGAAGGUAAACUGAUCGCACACAGCUUAAUGUGACCCCUCAAAAAUUGCCUUGUCAUUGGCAAAUAAUGAACACUUCUGGUUAUUUAUGAACCUACACACAAUUAUCUGUAUGUUAAUACCCUAACUUUUAGUUUUUUUUAUUAACCUCAGUCAUAUUUGCACGUGUGUCAACAACAUUUAAAAGGAUAAACAUUAACACAAAGAAAAGCUGAGCUGUCAUACCCUCUGAACCCUCUUAACCUGUGUGUUUUCAGGUCAUGGAGGUGAGAGCCAAGAAGAGAACAGGAGGCCACAGUUUUGUGACAUCUCUGAGGACAACUCUGGAAAAACACUAUCCUGAGAAGAGCCUGGCUCUGGGGGGAACCUUCAUCAUCCAGAAGGGGAAAGCUAGAAUCCAUAUCAUGGUAAAGGCUACUUGUGACACUGACAAAAUUAUUAAUAUUUACUAAAAAUAACGUAGUAAAUUAUGUGUUGCAAUACAGUUUAUGUACCCUAAUUUGUUACUAUGUUCUUACUACUUUGUAGGGUUUCAGCUUUUGUUUUUUUUAUUUUAAGUGUUUUAUCUUGAUCUUUUCAUCAAAUAACUUUCCUUUAUCUGUUAUUUUGCACAAUCUGCAGACAUCUUUAUUUUGUAAUUCAUUAUAACCUGUUGAAUUUGAUUAAUUCAUUUACUUUUGCAAAAGUGUAACAAAAGUCAGAAAUGAAGCCUGAGCAGAAGUGCCAGAAAGGUCCUCUUGAGGCCGGAUGCAAAGGCCAAGAAGCUCUUUCAGGUCCCAUAAUAAAAUAACCAUUGUUAGAACAAAAUUGGUCACAUUUAUAGCAUGGUUCAUAGAAAGAUUCCUGGUGAGUAGCUCAUUUAUUUGUUUGUGCACACUGUAGCUGUUUAAAGGAGAUUAAAUAUCAGCCUCAGCUGCCUCUUCAUCUGUGUUUAGGUUGAUCGAAAGUUAUGUUGGAUCUGCAUUUCUGGCUUCUUUGGGCUUAAAAUGUCUCUUCAGAAGCCAGAGGGUGAUAUCACAAAGACUACACCCAUGUUUUAUUCUGCCUAUGAUUAAAAAACAGAAAUUAUAGUGUUAGAGGAUGAGAAAAUAAUGUAUAAAAUGAUUAGCCAUCAUCAAAACAGGAGAAAAUGUGUCUGAUGACCAUCGCGCUAUUAUGAUGCUCGGUAUUAGUUUUGUUGCCCCAUGUGUCUGCUUUCUGGAACAUUUGUUGUCCUCAAAGCGCCCUGAGCUGCAUCUCUGCCGUGAAAGGUACCUUAGUGAUAAAUUUCAUAAAGUUAAUCUCUUUUAUUAUUCUUGUGUCUGGUCUUCAAUAGCCAAGAGAGUUCUCUGUCUGCCCCUUAAACACCAAUGAUGAAGUCAACAACUGGCUGAAGUACUUUGAGGUCAGCGCUCCAUUCAUCUGCCAGUCUGUGCUGGUGUCCAGAGACCCUGUGAGUAAAACAAACACACUCCAGACUCAAUGAGACACACUAAAUGAGUUUAUCCUUUUAGCAUAUGUUUAUAGUGCAAAUAGGCUGCUUUGUGCUCAUCCUGUCGAUUUCUUUCGAGGGUUUGGACCUCCGCGUGGAGCACACACAUGGCUUCAGUCACCAUGGAGAAGGAGGUCACUACUACAUUGACACCACGCCUGACAGUGUGGAGUACCUGGGCUACUUCCUGCCUGCAGAGUAUGUGUAUCGUAUCGACAGGCCCAAAGAGACUCACAAAGUUGGAAGAGAAUAAAACUGAAUGGAUGAAGAAGUGAUUUGUGCAGCACAAGAUCUCUUAGAAACCUCAGCAACUCAGUUCAUACUUGAUUUAUGAGGUCCACGUUACCUCAAAGCACAGUGUGAUCAAUUUUACUGCGGAAAUUAUUUGUUUGCACCAUUACUGGGAAUAUUUUCACUUGAGGCACAUUUCAUCAAAUCCUCUGCACUGUUCUACAUUUCAGAAAAUUUACAGGUUUUCCUACAAUAAACUCAAAGUUGAAUUUCUCACUGAUGUUUGUUUACAGACUGUAGUGGCAGCUCUCAUAUCUGUGAAGUGAAUCUGGGUCAUUGAAUUACAUCAGAGUUAAACCAGCACCAUAUUUUAGAGGUCCUGUGUUUACCACCUGCAGUUAAUUUCAGCUAUUCACAUCAUAAUCCCUCUUCAAAGCAAAGCUCAAUAUAAUGGAUGUCACUCUUUUCCUCUCUCUGCUGUCAGAACUGUUUUUUGUUGUUGUUGUUGUUGUUGUUGUUUUUUUGGCAGUCAUUAAGAGAUGGUGAGACUUAAUGGCCUUAAAAGGCAAGAACUACAAGAUAGGCCUGUGUUGUGGUGGUUGGGGGUUAGUGGUAUUUGGUUUGAAAUCCUAGUCUGGGACUUUCCCAGAUGCAAUUUUCUGAGCUUUGGUUUUGGACAGUCAUUAGGAAAAAGUGAAAUCAGAUGACCUUUAAGUGGUGCAAGACAGGCCUGUGGUGUGUUGGUCAAGGACCACAAAAGAAAUCAGGUCUGUGGUGGGUUGACAAUAGUGCCUGCCUUUGAAUUAGAUGGUCCUGGGUUCAAAUCUGCCUAGAAUGGGAACUUUCAAGUGGGGCAUAUAUGAAGUAUUUCCCCCACACAGGAGAGUAAACCAAGCUUUUGAAGAGCUAUCGUGGUGUGGUGGAUUGAAAAGACAUAAAAAAAGUCAGUCUGAGACAGGCC